UGCUGUCAGUCUCUGGUCCGAUCGUCUACGGAAUAUUAUUGUCGCUGAGAAUAUGCCACAGAAGUCGAUUAAAGUGUGCCUUCUUGGCACUAUCUGCGUAGGGAAAACCAGUAUAACCACACGAUUCGUCAAAGGAGAGUUUGAUGAGAAAUACAUCAGCUCUGUCGGCGCCGCCUUCUUGUCAAGAUUACUCUACUUUCAGAACAUCGAAUAUAGUUUUGCAUUAUGGGAUACGGCGGGGCAAGAAAGGUUUCGUUCACUGGCCCCUCUGACGUACAGGUCUGCAGCCGCCGCACUCAUCGUUUAUGACAUCACAAAUCAGGAUUCCUUCGAUGAGGUGGAUUUCUGGAUCUCAGAGCUGAGGAGCAUGGGUCCUGAGGAAAUCUUGAUUUAUGUGAUUGGGAACAAAGUAGACCUUGAAUCAUUCCGUGUUGUCGACCGUAAAAUGGCAGAGAGUUACGCCCAAACCAAAGGAGUAUUUCACUUUCAUUCCAGCGCAAAGACUGGUGAGGGUGUCGACGAAAUCUUCUAUCAUAUCUGUCAAAUGACAAGAUCAAUACAAGAAAAUAGAUCCAAGAAUCGUCAGAGUACGGUCGAUGUCUCUAACUCUACCAAUUCCGAUGAAAACAGAGAAGGUGAUCGCGGUCGAUGUCGAUGUCAGAGCAAGUGAUCACAUCAGCAAACAUGAUCGCAAAGGCUUUCUAAAAUCAACGUAAAAGCAAUUUCAGUAGCCUUUUACAUCGCCUUUUGAAAUGCGCGAACCUAUUACUUCAACCGAACAUGAUUUCUAUACAGGGAAUACAACAGGAUAUUGAAAUUUCCUUGAGCUAAUUAAUCAAUUUGCUAAGAGCUAUUAUCAGGCUUUAUAAACUCUUUGCAUGCAUCAAGAAAAAAAUCUGAUGUCAUAUGGCUUAAGAUUUACAUGGAAUUAAAACGAAAAAAAAUCAUUGCUAUUAUCCGUAUAUUCAUAUUAGACUUCCUAAACUGACGUUCUGCGAAAUUCUACUCUGGCGACAGUGAUUAUUGAUCCACGCUUAAUAUUCUUCACUAACCGAAUUCUUAAUUUCAAACCAGUCUACCCCUAACAUUAUACGCCAAAGAAUACCCGAAUCAAUUGCUCCAGAAACAUAAUAUCUUUCAACAUUUCUUGCCAAUGAACAGUGCGAUAUAAACUUACUUAUACUGAGAGGGAAAAAAAUGCCCUAAUGUUAAUUAAAAAUUUGGGGAAUAAGAGGAGGAAGGUGGGAGAGAGAGAGAAACAGAGACAGAGAUAGGGGGCAACAUUGUUGUUGUUUUUUCAUCAUCAUUUAUGAGAUUGAUCAUGAAAGCAAUUUGUCUUCUAUGAUUAAGGAGAUGUUUCUCAUAAGAUGCAUAAUCAGAACUGUGGUACUGAAAUAAAAGUUGCAGUGUAUUCAAAUCAUUUUGGCCUGAAAGGGGUCGAAAUUUAGUUAAAAUUCGAUUAAUUUCAUUUGACUUUAUAAGCUAGAACAUGACGCCGUUCAAUAUUAAUGGGUGACUUUAAGUCUGGUAUUUGGUAUUUGGUAUCCAGUAUAAUAUUUAUAGCCGACGUAUGGGCCGGCCUCCGUCUUGUCAAUGCCCUAGAAAUGUCAACAAAUUGGAUGUUCUGAAC